AGUGGAGUCACUUUCUUUGUGUGAGAAAGUUUGUGUUGUGAUCCGUCAGAGCCUCUGUGUGUCCGGAUAAACCUGUCUGAAUGGACUUUGUGCUGUUCACCUUUUCUUUCUGGAUGUUUUACCUCUGACUCAUCUCCCGGUAGACUACAAACUCAUUCAUGUUAGCUUAGCAUGCUAGCUGGUUAGCACCACGGCGCUAGUUAGUGUGAGUGCUUCAUGGAGAGCAAAUUGUGUUUCUGACGGAGUUUGUGUGAAGAAAAAGUUGGUGUCACUGUGUGAAAAAUGUCUAAAGUCCAAACGGUGAGAGCGCUGGUGGAGCAGCGACUGACUGCGGCUGCUGAAGAGAUAUUUGGGCUGUUUGAAAGAACGAUAGCAGAGUACGAGGAGCAACUUUGUCGUUCAGAAGAGAAGAACGAGCGACAACAGAGACUACUGGAUGCUGUUUUCAACCCUCAGAUUCAGUUACACAGAGCAGAUGCCCAGCAGCUGUUGGUGGUUAAAGAGGAGUUUCCCUCUGAACAGCAGGAGAGAAGAUCCACUCCGGACCAAGACCAGGACCAGGAGGAGCAAGAGCCCCCACACAUUAGAGAGGAACAGGAGGAACCUUGGAGCAGUCAGGAGGGAGAGCAGCUUCAGGGGCUGGAGGAGGCUGAUAUCACCAAGUUCACAUUCACUCCUGUCCCUGUGAAGAGUGAAGAUGAAGAGAAACCUCAGUCCUCACAGCUUCAUCAAACACAGACUGAACAGAUGGAAACAGAAGCUGAUGGAGAGGACUGUGGAGGACCAGAACCAGACAGGAACUCUGAUCCAGAUCUACAUUUACAACCUGAUACUGGUGACGAGCCUGCAGACUCUUCUGAACCUGAGACUGAUGACAGUGCUGAUUGGAAGGAGACCAGAGAACCUCAGUCAGGUUUGAACUGUUUGAAAAAAGAUGGCGGCCCUGUCAGAGAUUCCAGAUUUAGUGCUGAUGAGAAACAAUUUAGCUGCUCUGAGUGUGGGAAAAGAUUUGCCUCCAAACGCUAUCUGAAGGUACACAUGAGACGCCACACAGGGGAGAAACCUUUCAGCUGCUCAGUGUGUGCUAAAUCUUUUGCACAAAGUGAGCUUUUAAAGAAACACAUGAGAGUCCACACAGGAGAGAAACCUUUCAGCUGCUCAGUUUGUAAGAAAACUUUUACACAGAGUGGACAUUUAAAGUUACACAUGAGACUCCACACAGGAGAGAAACCUUUCAGCUGCUCAGUUUGUAAGAAAACUUUUACACAGAGUGGACAUUUAAAGGAACACAUGACACUCCACACAGGAGAAAGACCUUUCAGUUGCUCAGUUUGUAAGCAAACUUUUACACGGAAUGGAAGUUUAAAGAAACACAUGAUACUCCACACAGGAAAGAGACCUUUCAGCUGCUCAGUUUGUAAGAAAACUUUUACACAGAACGGAAGUUUAAAGAAACACAUGAGACUCCACACAGGAAAGAGACCUGUAAGCUGCUCAGUUUGUAAGAAAACUUUUACACAGAGUGGAACUUUAAAGGCACACAUGAGACUCCACACAGGAGAGAAACAUUUCAGCUGCUCUGAUCCAGAUCCACAUUUACAACCUGAUACUGGUGACAACCCUGCAGACUCUUCUGAACCUGAGACCAGAGAACCUCAGUCAGGUUUGAACUGUUUGGAAAAAGAUGGCGGCCCUGUCAGAGAUUCCUCGUUUUGUGCCGGCGAGAAACGAUUUAGCUGCUCUAAGUGUGAGAAAAGAUUUGGCUACAAGUGCUAUCUGAAGAAACACAUGAGACUCCACACAGGAGAGAAACCUUUCAGCUGCUCAGUUUGUAAGAAAACUUUUACAGUGAGUGGAACUUUAAAGUCACACAUGAGACUCCACACAGGAGAGAGACCUUUCAGCUGCUCAGUUUGUAAGAAAUCUUUUGCACGGAGUGGACAUUUAAGUGUACAUAUGAGACUCCACACAGGAGAGAAACCUUUCAGCUGCUCAGUUUGUAAGAAAAGUUUUACAGAGAGUGGAACUUUAAAGGCACACAUGAGAACCCACACAGGAGAGAAACGUUUCAGCUGUUCAGUUUGUCAUACAUCUUUUACACAAAGUGGGCAUUUAAAGAGACACAUGAGAGUCCACAGAUGAGAGAAACCUUUCAUAAAUGUGCUGGCCGCUCGUCCUCAAAGUUUCAUCAAACUGAGGAGAACAAAGAGGCAGAGCCUCCAGCCAGCAGCCCACAUGAAGAGAUGCAAACCUCUUUUUCAAUCUUUUUCAAGUCUUUUUUAAAUGCUUCAAAGCUUGUAGUAACUUUUAUAAAUAUUUUUUCUGAGUCUAUGAAAUUUACCUACAAUAUAAUUAAAAAACACUUUCUUCUCCAUGAUGUGAUAUAUUCAUUUACUUCUGUUCAUUUUUGUUUUGUUUUACAAAACAAAAGUUCACAAACUGAUAUUUUAAUUCAAUAUUUGAUUGUAGAAGUGUAACAAUUACAACUUUAUUUUUUUCUAACAGC